AUGGCAUCACAAAAGGAGGAACCAAAGAAUGUUUAUUUCCGUAGUUAUUCCACCCAAGCCAAAAAACUCUAUUUGGAGAAAAAAUAUAUACCAGCCUGUGAGUUGUACAGUCGUUCAUUAGAGAUUUGCCCCACCGACAAACACUGCCUGGUGGCUCGUUCGAAAUGCUUUCUAAGAUUAGGAAAGCCAGCCAAGGCCCUCGCCGAUGCCCAACUCGCUCUGCAACAGGAUGAGAAUUUUGCCGAGGCUGUAUACCAAAAGGCAGAAGCCUAUUACCAGCAAAGUAAUUACGAAGUCGCGCUUCUAGUUCUUUAUCAGGGACUGAAACUACCUGGUCGCUCGGAUAUCUUUUUGAACGGGAUCCACAAAUGCGAGAAUGCGAUCGAGAAAUCAGUCCACUGGUUGGACGAGUUGCCCAUCUAUCGCUCUGAAGAACCGAUGGAGUGUGGCAAGAAGGAAGGUUACGACGAAUCGUCGUCGAGCGAGGGCAUUACAGCCGAACCGAAUUUGCCGAUACCUCACCGGGACAAGUUGCAGAAUUUGCUGGAAGAAAUUUACCAAGACAAGAAAUUUUUGAAGAAGCUUCUCAAGUGUGUCGAAUUUAAGACAGAGAGUGAUUGGCUAUCGAAACUGAUUAUUAUUGAUCGUCUGGUUUAUCUGAACAACCAGGCGAAAUACCUACAGACGCAAAAGCUAGCUUACAGGACGGGCAAGGCUAGCACCCCGCAAAAUAUCAAAGAUGAUCUGGAAGAAAUUCAGGUAACAUUCAACUCAAAACGCUACAAGGAUUGCAUUAAAGAAUGCGUUCGAAUGGCAGGGGAUUAUAAAGAUACCGAUUGGGAAGUUAAGCGUAAGUUUAUCCUCAAACUGUAUUCUUGGAUCGGGGCCAGUAAUAUGGAACUGAAACAAUGGGAAAAGGCAAGGUGCGCAUUUUUGGCGUUACUUUCGAUCGGAGAAUGGUGUAAAGACGUCGAUCUCCGGCUAAAAGCGUUAGGAGCGAUCAGUCUUUGUUAUAAGAAUGAUACUCAGUUGAAGUCUAAGUCUGGUGACAAAGAAGAAGCGGAAAGUGGGGAAAUGUCAGAGAUAGAAGAAAUGGACCUUUAUUAUUAUUUAGGGCAAUGUUACCUGGGAUUGAAUAAUGAGAAGGCUCGCGGUUACGGGAAGAUGUGCUAUGACACGGCUGUAGUUGGGUCAAGUAAGGAGUUCAUGAAGUCCAGUCUCAUGUUAAUGGCCGGUGCAGAUACGAAACUUGGUAACCACAGGGAAGCAGCGGAGUCGCUUAAAGAAUGUGAACAGCUGAUGACAGGAGAUAAUGACGGUCGAAAGGAAUCCGUGGAGAAGGCGCUGGCGGAUGUCUUACCUCUGGUGAAGGACCCAGAUGAGAAAAUUAAAGAAGAACCCAUAAACGAGGCACAACGAGUUGCCGAUGAAGAAAUACCGACUAAAGAACCUGAACCACGAGAUGAUGACUCAGACCAGAAGAAACCAAAACCAAAAACAAAGAAACUAUGCUGUUAA